AUGAUUGGCGUGGGCAGGCGUAGCACGGAGACCCCAAAGACGUUGCGGGAGCUCAGUGAAACCGUUGGAGUGGCGGUCGCACGUGAGGCUGCACACGAUCGGCACCAGGAUAGCAAUGCUCCUUCUGAAUUGCAACUGCGGCACAUUCUCUUCAUUUUGGCCUUCUUCGCGUUUGUGUGGUCAAUCAAGAUUCUUCUGCUCCGGAAACCAAGCAAGUGA